AUGAACGAAGAAUUGAGAAGGGAAAAUAUUCAAUGCUGGAUGAUCGAAAUUCAUCAAUUAUUAGGGCUGGAGAUCGAAGUUAGGAAAAACCACAAUACACCCCAUUAUUCUCACACAUCUUCAUUUCAUUCUCUCUUCCUCUCAAAAGGCCUAUUAUCCAAGCUAGACCAAAGCCAAUGGCUCCUCCAGUCACAUGUUCAAGUCUGCCAGGGCUCAACUUCGCUCCGCCUUAGGCACAAGAACAUUGCUACCCAACGAGCCGACGAGUCUGCCUACCUGAACCUUAAUGCACAGCUGAGGGAUUGCGGCUCUGCGCUGCAAAAUGAGGCGGUACUAGUAGUACUUUUCCCUUGUGCCUUGUCUUUUUGCCAUCUUCUCGACUUUCGAUCAUGCACGUCGAUGCUUGGAGGCAUUAUAUCAAUAUCACUCCUUGAUAAGCGAUACCUAGGUGACAAGUUACGAUUAUAG